CUGUCAAGCCCACAUUUAAACUGCUGCCUGCCUGUGCAGCAGCUGAAGAACCGUGGAUUUCAUAUUACAGACUAAAACCCCAGUAAAACUGCUCAAAAUCCUUCCUGCAGCUGCCAGGCAACAACGAGAGAGAGUUAAAUCCUAUUCUUUUCCAAUACAAUCGAAGCACUACAUUCCAGCUCUGGCUGCUUUACAUUGCAGCUCAGUGUUAUUGCUAGAAAUAUGGAUACUGAGAAGAGAAUACAGCACUGCAUUGUCCGGCCAGGAAAACAGCAGAUGUAAAAACCUUCAAUGCAUCAACUGUCGGGAAGAGUCAACAGUGCUCCAAAUAGAACGGACAACUACAGCUCUUUUGUUUAAGGAAAGAGAAAGAAAAUGAAAGGAAAAACCUCUGAAGACUAGGACACAUAUGAACAAGGAGGGUAACCCGAAGAUAAGCAGACAGAUGGACACUUUGGAUACUGUGAAAAGCAAUCGCAGGAGGCAGACUAUUGGGGGAUGUGCGCAUGUUCGAUAGCAUCUCUUUUGCUGAAGUGAUGGCGUGCCAAAAGUAUUUUCAGUGGGCAUAAUCCUCUCCACAUAAAUGGCCUGACCGAGGAAGAAUGACUGCAAGGGAGACAACGUGACUAAAUUAGAAAAUGAUCACCAAAGAACAGUACUGAUUUAGAAGAAAGCAACAUUUUCAAUCACCAAUAUCUCAUAUCCCAUAACUGGAUAUCUACAACAUGCUUCAGUGGAGGAGAAGACACUGCUGCUUUGCAAAAAUGAGCUGGAAUGCCAAGAGGUCUCUGUUCCGCACCCAUCUUAUUGGUGUGCUCUCUCUAGUGUUUCUUUUUGCUAUGUUCUUGUUUUUCAACCAUCAUGACUGGCUGCCGGGCAGAGCUGCAUUCAAAGACAAUCCUGUGACAUACACAUUCCGAGGAUUUCAUUCUACAAAAAGUGAGACAAACCACAGUUCUCUUCGGAACAUUUGGAAAGAAACAGUCCCUCAAACUCUGAGGCCUCAAACAGCAACGAACUCCAAUAAUACAGACCUGUCACCACAAGGAGUUACAGGGCUAGAGAAUACACUUAGUGCCAAUGGAAGUAUUUACAGUGAAAAAGGAACCAGAUACCCAAAUUCUUACCAUUUCAAAUAUAUUGUCAACGAACCUGAAAAAUGUCAGGAGAAGAGCCCUUUUCUAAUACUACUAAUAGCUGCAGAACCUGGACAAAUAGAAGCUAGAAGAGCUAUUCGGCAAACGUGGGGCAAUGAAAGUCUAGCACCUGGUAUCCAAAUCACACGAAUUUUUUUGUUGGGUGUAAGUAUUAAGUUAAAUGGCUACCUUCAACGUGCAAUACUGGAAGAAAGCAGACAAUAUCAUGAUAUUAUUCAACAGGAAUACUUAGAUACAUAUUAUAAUUUGACCAUUAAAACACUAAUGGGCAUGAACUGGGUUGCAACAUACUGUCCACAUAUUCCAUAUGUUAUGAAAACUGACAGUGACAUGUUUGUCAAUACUGAAUAUUUAAUACAUAAGUUACUGAAGCCAGACCUGCCUCCCAGACAUAACUAUUUCACUGGUUACCUAAUGAGAGGAUAUGCACCAAAUCGAAACAAAGAUAGCAAAUGGUACAUGCCACAAGACCUCUACCCAAGUGAGCGCUACCCUGUCUUCUGUUCUGGGACUGGUUAUGUUUUUUCAGGAGAUCUGGCAGAGAAGAUAUUUAAAGUUUCUUUAAGUAUCCGUCGUUUGCACUUGGAAGAUGUGUAUGUAGGGAUCUGUCUUGCCAAGUUGAGAAUUGAUCCUGUGCCCCCUCCCAAUGAGUUUGUGUUCAAUCACUGGAGAGUUUCUUAUUCAAGCUGUAAAUACAGCCACCUAAUUACCUCUCAUCAGUUCCAGCCUAGUGAGCUGAUAAAAUACUGGAACCAUUUACAACAAAAUAAGCACAACGCUUGUGCCAAUGCAGCAAAAGAAAAGGCAGGCAGGUAUCGUCACCGUAAACUACACUAGAAAAGACAGCCUUUUCUUUUUUUAAUGUGCAAUCUGUAAAAUAUUGCUAAAAGCAUGUAUAGUUAAAAUUGAUUACAUCCAUAGGACAAGUUUUAGUUAAAACUCACCACAUAAAAGAAUUCAAAAGAUAUAUUUUUAAUUUCUGAAGAAGGUAAUUCUUAAAACUACAACAUAUAUAACAAAAAGAUAUCCUAAAAGAGUCUAUUUAAAAAAACUGUUUAAAGGGAUUCUGUGUAUUACAUGCAAAAAUAAGCAUGCAUACAUCAAUGGUUCAAGUCUUAUGCUAGGAGGCCAGUAAGAUGUAUUUGCAUAUUACUUUUCAUGUACAUUUUAAUUUAAGAAAUGGAGAGAGUAAAAAGAACCUUGAUUUUAGAUGCAGUUUUUCAUUUCAUUAUAUAAUUAAAUGUAAAUAAAACAUUACUGUCAAUUUUAAGGAACCUUUGUAAUUGUGCAAGGACAAAUUCCGACCUGAUUAUUUUAGAGUUCUUAAAACUGUAUUCAUGCAAUAAGAUUUAGUUGAGGUAUCCCAAAAACACAUUUAUAAAAUUCAAAGGUUUCAUCAAUGCAGUUCUCACUGAAGUAUUUUUUUUGGUAUCGUUAAUAUACAAUCACUUGAGCAACAUUGUGUUUACUAGACUCCCCCUAUUAUCAAGUCCCCAGCACAUACCCCACUACAGUCACUGCCCAUCAGCAUAGGAAGAUGCUAUAGAGUCACCACCACUACUUGUUGAAGUACUUACUUUUUAAAAACAAUCGAGAUACUAAUUUUCUUUUAGUACAUAUACGGGGGAACUAUUUUGACAAGAUGUGAUAAAAUGUGAAAAAUCGAUGUCUCUCAGGCUUAAGUUUUUAUUUAAAA